UCAAAGCUUACAUUCAUAUUCAAGUGGUCCAAAUUAGAAUCUCUAAGGAAAUCAACACAGAAGCAGCACAGCACAGUACAGACAUACAUAGCUAGCCCUUGAACUAUAGCGUACAAGGGAACGAGAAAAGGAGCAAGAAAUCUAAAUCAAAGCCGUCGUCAUGGAAUGGAAGAAAUAUUAUUUGGAUUUGAUGUUGGUGCCUUUAGGAAUUGUGAUAACCAUUGGUUAUCAUGUUUGGUUAUGGCACAAGGUUCGUACCAGUCCCUUCACCACCACCAUCGGCAUCAACGCUCAUGGCCAACGCUUCUGGGUUCCAGCCAUGAUGAAGGACAUGGACAAGAAGAACAUCAUAGUAGUGCAAACCCUACGGAACCUGAUAAUGGCAUCAACUCUCAUGGCCACCACAUCGAUCCUCCUCUCCGCCGGCCUGGGCGCCGUCAUAAGCAGCACCUACAGCGUAAAGAAGCCUCUCAACGACGUCGUUUACGGGGCACACGGCGAGUUCAUGUUGUCGCUAAAGUACGUGACAAUACUCACCAUCUUCCUCUUCUCAUUCUUCUGUCACACUCUGUCCAUUAGGUUUCUGAACCAGAUCUGCGUCCUGGUGGCCAUCCCACAAGAUAUAAAGUCCAUGAUAACUCCACAGUACUUAACAGAGCUUCUGGAGAAAGGGGUGAUAUUAAACACAGUGGGGAAUAGGCUUUUUUACUCAGCACUUCCUCUUCUUCUUUGGAUUUUUGGGCCUGUUCUGGUUUUCUUGUGCUCCAUGGCCAUGAUUCCUGUGCUUUAUAACCUUGACUUUGUUUGUACUGAGGGUAACGGCGGGAAAGUGGAAGUGGACUUGAAUGGAACAAGGGACGAUGGCGACUAUGUUUGA